AUGAAAGUAAAGUAUGCUGUUCAGGUCCUGAGCACACGUGUUGCGAAUGCAGUUGAAGCAUUCUAUGGAAAUGGUCAUCAGGCUACAGUUACAUUCAUUAGAAAUUUUGAUAAAUUCUUUGACUGCCUUAAUGUAAGAAGUAUGGAGGAAGGGAAACGCAAGAAGAAGACAAAUUUGUUGCCAUACAGAUCUACUGAAGAUGAAAGAUUAAAGUGGCUGAACAAUGAUUUUCUUCAGUAUCUUGAUGAUUGGGAUCGGGCAGUUGAUGGCAGACAUGAAUUGUCAAAGCGGGAUCGUAAUCGCAUGAAACUAAGCCGAGAGACACUGAAGGUUGCAUCAUUUGUGGCAGUGACAAAGUAUCUGCUGGGCCAGCCUGGGAUUGAGCGCAUCCUCUCAGAAAAGUUUAACCAAGAUCCUUUUGAAGCAUACUUUGGUAAUCAUCGCCAGAUGAAGGGAGGCAACGAAGCACCGAAUGUUCCGCAAUUUUGUUGCAAUGCAAAUGCGCUGCAACUGAAGUCAUUAAAUUUGCUGAGGAUCAGUGGAUCAAAUGUAAAAAUCCAAGCAAAA